CUGUUGAUAAAUUCGUUCAAAAUGUAAACAUGGCUAAAUUACAGUCGUCAAAUAUUUUCUGUGAAAUUCAUCAAAAACCAUCAAUGAUGAACACACACAGUGAAAGACAGUCAUUGGACGAAAGAAAACCAAUUUCGACUACAAUCUACGUUGUUGGAGUUGCCUUUGUGUGCUUUGUGUCAUGGAUUUUAGUCAACUUAAAAUUGAUCACGACCUACACAGGACUGGGAAGGGAUACCGCUUCUCACGAAAUGUUGAAUUUUGGGGAAAGAAGACUUCGUUUUCCGGUUUUAUCACAUAUAAAACCUCCAACAACGGAGACAGAAGCAUUGAUCCUCAAUGGAGAAGCUCUUGCUGCUCUUCAUAUGGCCUUAAAAAUGAACGAGGAAGGGAAAUCUGGAAAGGCUUUGAAACUCUUCCAACAAGCACUAAAACUUUCACCUAGCAAUGCAGAUAUUUUGAAUGCAUAUGGUGAAUUUCUUGAGCAUGAGAAACUUAUUGAAGCUGAGCAUCUUUAUACAAAAGCACUGAUCAAUAACCCAUCACAUAGCCAAGCUUUAGAAAACAGACAGAGGACAUUUCCAAUGGUUCAGAAAUUGGACCAGGAUAUGCUGUCUAGGAUUGAUGAUAAACGUUAUAAACUGUAUGAAAUACCAGAGGAGAAUGCUGCUUUGCAGCGAGCAAUGAAGGAGGCCUACUAUCAACAUAUACAUCAUACCACUGCCAUUGAAGGGAACACUAUGACAUUAUCCAUGGCAAGAUCAGUAGUAGAAACAAAAAUGGCAGUGAAUGGAAAAAGUGUAUUAGAACAUAAUGAAAUUCUUGGUUUAGAUGAAGCCCUUAAAUAUAUCAAUACAACAUUAGUGCAAGAGACACACAGCAUCUCAGUUCAAAACAUAAUUGAAAUACACAGACGUGUGCUAGGGCAUGCACAUCCAAUGGAAGCUGGUCAGUUUAGAAGCACUCAGGUAUAUGUGGGCAAUCAUGUUCCACCUCAUCCAACUGAUGUUGAACAGUUUAUGGAUGAGUUUGAUUCCUGGCUUGAAUCACCUAAUAUUCGCAAAUUUCAUGCAAUAGAAUUUGCAGCCCUAGCUCAUUACAGACUUGUCUAUAUUCACCCAUUUACAGAUGGCAAUGGUAGGACAGCUCGUUUACUUAUGAAUUUAAUUCUGAUGAAGGCAGGUUUUCCACCUGUAACAAUCAAAGUGUCAGAAAGACAUGACUAUUAUGCUUGCUUACAAGAUGCCAAUGGUGGAGAUGUGCGUCCAUUUAUACGAUUUGUUGCAAAAUGUGCUGAAAGGACUUUAGAUGAAUAUCUCUCAGCAACAACAAUAUAUCCAGUAAAAUAUUAUAAUGACAGAACGCUUGAUUACUCAAGUCACCUUAGAAAAUUAGAUACCUAUACUCUUACCAGAUAAACACUCAUAGAGAUUAUAUUAUUCAGGUCCCACAAAGUGUACAUCAUUAUUAAAAACAGUAUUGUUUAAAGUUUGCUAUCAUAGAAAAUUAGAAAUGUGUUUGGUUAUUUGGAUGAACUUAAAUAGCAUCUAGUAGA